CUCAGCGCUAAUCGGAGCAGCUUCACGGGGAUGCGCAGCGCGUGAACGUCUGAGCAGCCUGAUCAAAGAUAAUUUGUGCGCAGACACCAUGUCUCCACCUGUCCCCGUCUCCCUGGUCCUGCUCCUCCUGCUGACCCGGGCUGGGACCAGCGACCCCGCGGUGCAGGACCUGACCAGCAGGAACGCAGACUUCGGUACCCGGCUGUACCGAGCCGUGGCCGGCCGGACCGACGACAACGUGUUCCUCUCUCCGUUCACGCUGUCCGGCGGGCUGCUAGCGCUGCUGACCGCCGCCGGCGGGCUAACGCAGGAGCAGCUGCUGCAGGGACUCACGCUGACCGGACAGGACCCGCAGGCCCUCCCAGAUUUGUUCCAGACUCUCAGGAACCUGGUCCUGCAGGCGGACCCCCCCCUGAACCUCAAGCAGGGCGUGGCCAUCUUCCCUCCACAUGACUUCCAGAUGUCUGCACCGUACCUGGAUGUGGUCCGGACCAAGUUCGGGGGCAAGGCCCAGAGUCUGGCCUACACAACCCCGUACGAAGCUGCCGACACCAUCAACCGCUGGGCCCAGGAGCAGACCGGAGACCAGGUCCAGGAGCUCGUGUCCUCCCUGGACCCCCAAACCCAGCUGCUUGUUGCCACCGUCGCGUCUUACCAGACUCGGUUCAACCCACCCUUCAACUCGUCGUCCACCCAGGAUGAGCGCUUCUAUGUGGACAAGUAUCACGUCGCCAUGGUUCCCAUGAUGUUCCGGGCCGAUAAGUACUUCCUGGCCUACGACCGGUCGGUGAAGGCUGGCGUGCUGAAGCUGCCCAUGACGGAUGGGGCAGCCAUGUUGGCGGUACUGCCUGAUGAAGACGUGGAUGUCACGGCUGUGGAGGAAGAGGUGACAUCUGAGAAGAUCAAGACCUGGAUCAGACAGCUGAAGAAGACGAACCUGGAGGUGCAGCUUCCUCGCUUCACCUUGGAGCGCUCUUACUCUCUCAGAGACGCCCUCCAGAGUCUGGACAUCACUCAGGUGUUUCAGGACGACCCUGACUUCAGCAACAUGGGCGGAACUAAUGGACCCAAACUCACACAGGUUUAUCACAAAUGUGUCAUCGCCGCUGACGAGAGCAGCGGCGCCAUCAGCUCAGGAGGCGGAGUUAACACAUCGUCAUCACCUCCACCAAGACUGACCUUCAACAGACCCUUCCUCGUCAUCAUCUACCAGGAGACCAGCGGCACGCUGCUCUUCAUGGGCCGAGUCGCCAACCCCACCCAGAAAUAAACCUGACAGGGGAACAAGCUCCGCCCAUCCCGUUGGUCUUACUACAGCUAAAUACGCAGGUCAUAUUCAAAUGUUGAUUCUUUUCUGGAGGAGGGCCCCUACAGGUGCCUGAAGGGCCUUCAUUUAAAAAAUCUAACAUUUAUCUUCGGCUGGAACUUUAAAGUUGGAUAUUUAUGUGGUUCUCGCCAUGAAAAGAACAUAAAUGUAGUUGUUUUCUGCGUCAAAGUAAUAAAAAAACAAUGGAAAUACUAAUAUUAGCAUCAGCUAUUAUUAUGCUAAUGUAGCUAUGCUAAUGGGAACAUUAUAUAAACGCUAUGCUGUUAGCAUAAUUCUGUUUGUCAUGUAUUAUCAUGCUAAUAUUAGUUUGUUGUUAUGUUAACAUUAUGCUAAUAGUAGCAUUGAUCUGUUAUCAUGGCAUGUUAACACUAUGCUAAUGUUGCUAUUAUGCCACUGUCAUGCAAAUCCAACUAUGGUAUGGAGUUAUUUUCAUGUUAAUGUUGGUAUCAUCAGGGGUGCACACAAGCCAGGACUCGAGGGCCAGUCUACUCCACGUUUUAGAUGUUUCCCUGCCUCAACACAACCCUGAUAGACAAGGCUGUGUCACCAACAGAGUUGUGUAAACCUUGAUGACAUGUUGAUGACGACCAGUGAUUAGAAUCAGGUUUGUUGAAGACAGGGAAACAUCUAAAACAUGCAGUAGACUAGCCCUCGAGUCCCGGCUUGUGUGCACCCCUGGGUAUCAUGUUAUUUUUACAUUAGCACCUUUUAUAAUGAUUAGCACCAUGCUAACAUCAAGCUAGCUGGAUGUUGCGUGAGCCUCACGAGUGUUAGCAUGCUGCUCAGGGUUCUACUUCAUAGUCAUGUGAUUUGUCGUUACCUUCAGAUUAACAGUUGUAUUCAUUCUCAACUAAGAUUGCUGUUAGCAUCACCGUGUGAGCAUCUAGCUGGACUGGAUUCAUUUCCUGCAUUGAGUCACAAACAGAACUGCGGCGGUAACUUGAUAUGAGUUUAGUUACAUAUCAACGCUGUGUUGUCUUAAAACAUCAACACCCUAAAGUUCCUGAAGUCUGGGAUGCUCUGGUGUACGGUUUCAUAUUUGGCUCAUUUGCCAUUAAAGCAUCUGUUUUCAGGUGAAUGCAACAGUACUUUGUUGGUCAGUAGUGUGCCGUCAUGAUUAUCCUGCAGCAUGCUGCCCCCUGCUGGAGGGAAGGCUUCAGUUUGAAUCAUUCUGCCUUCUCAGACUCAGUAAAGGAAGUGAUGAGUUUUUUGGAGGGUGUCAGAGAUGUUAAAAUGCGUGUAUUUUGACUUUCCUUGUGUUCUGUCACUUAUCCAAUAUCAACGUGUCCCAUUUUUCUUGUAAAUGUGAAUAAAUAAAAGUUAUAAUAACGUGAAAGUAA